AUGGCGCGCUCCAUCCCGAAGCCCAACCCGGUCCUGGACACCCUGCUGGUGAGCCUGCUCGUGUGCGAGCUGGGGGUCAUCACGCACACGCUGUGGGACGACCAGCAGAUGCUCGCCAUCCUCGUGGCGAUGGUCUUCGUGGUGGCGCUGGCCGUCAAAGUCACCAAGACCUCGUUCGCCAUCGGUGGCGGAUGGUUCUCUCGCACGUUCCUGCAGCACCUCGGAGACCCGUUGAAGAAGGCGGUGACCAUGAAGAAGUGGUGCGACCAGUCGUGGCAGCUGGCCAUUCACGUGUCCAUGACUAUCUUCGAGCUGUACGUGCUGCGCGAUGAGACGUGGUGGCAAGAUACGACGACCUUGUGGAACCAGGGAACGGACACAGGCGUGUUCCCCACGCAGAAGUUUAGCACCAAGUUGCUCUACAUCACUCAACUGGCAAUUUGGAUCUACACGGCGUUCUCAUGCAAGUUCCUGGAGGAGAUCCGCAAGGACUACUUGGUUAUGAUGACUCACCACGUCGUCACGAUCGCCCUCGUCACGUGGUCGUACGCCGUCGGCUUCUUGCCCGUUGGCGUCGUCGUGCUGCUCCUCCACGACAUGACGGACAUUCCGCUUGACAUGCUGAAGAUGGCCAACUACCUCAAGAUGGAAGGCGUCCCCGGCUUGUUUACGAGCGAGAUCCUCUUCGUCAUCACGAUCGUGCUCUGGUUCUACUACCGCAUUUACCAGUAUCCGACCAAGCUGCUUUACACGACGAUGGUGGAGAACCGCGAGGCCAGCAUGACAAUGGCCGACGCGCACGACUUCACGCAGCUUUUCCCGCAUCCCGGCCCUCCGUCCUGGCUGCUUUUCAACGUGUUGCUCACCACACUGUACUGCCUGCACAUUUGGUGGGGCCUCCUGCUGGUGCGGGUGCUUAUCGGCGUGGUAACCAAGGGCGCCCACGAUACGGCCAAGGAGGAGUACGAAGGCACGUCGUCCGACUCGGACAACGAAAAGAAGGACGAGUAG